AUGCUGUGUCUCUGUGAGCAACGUGGUCUCUGUGAGCAACAUGGUCUCUGUGAGCAACAUGGUCUCUGUGAGCAACAUGGUCUCUGUGAGCAACAUGGUCUCUGUGAGCAACAUGGGGAAAAUUGCCAUCUCUUCUGUAAGGAAGAUGGGAAGGCCAUUUGCAGCCUUUGUGUCCAGGAGCACCCAGGUCACCAAAUAUCCCUCGUGGAGGAGGUGGUCAAGGAAUGUCAGGAGAAGCUAGAGGCAGCUCUGGACAGGCUGACAGAGGAGCAACAGGAAGUUGAGGAGUUGGAAGCUGUCAUCAAUGAAGAGAGAGCUACCUGGGAGACUGAGAGAGAGAGGAUUCGGAAAGGGUUUGAUGAAAUGAGAGACGUCCUGGACAGAGAGGAGCAAAUGGAGCUGCAAAAGCUGUGGGAAGACGAAGUGCAUGCGCUGGAUAACUUGGCAGAGGCUAACUAUCAGGUGGUCCAGCAGAGGCAGUACAUGAGAGAGUUCAUCUUGUAUCUCCAAAAUCAUAUGUGUGAAUCAUCUAUAGACAUGCUACAGGAUAUGAUUAACAUCUUUAAAAGGAGUGAGGUCUGGACCUUGAAGAAGCCAAAAAUUGUUUCCAAGAAAGUAAAGAGUACAUUCCGAGUUCCAGAUCUGCCUUGGAUGCUGCAAGUGUUUAAAGAGCUGGCAGAAGCCCAAAGCUACUGGGGUAAGAAGUUACAGGUUCUUCAAAUCGCCAUGGAUAUUAUCAUUUCUGAAGAUAGGAAACAAGUGACAGUUGGGAACUAUUUUAUGUUUUGGAAUGUAUAUCCAUGUGAUUUUUCUGCUCUUGAUGUAUUGGGCAGCCAAAAUUUCUCCUCAGGAAAAUAUUACUGGGAAGUUGAUGUAUCCAAGAAGAUUGCCUGGAUCCUGGGAGUGUACAGCAAAACAAGUAAUCUCAAUAGAAAAAAAAGCUCUGGAAUUGUUUUUAACCCAGAUGUAAAUUACCUAAAUGCUUACUCCAGAUUCAGACCUGAAAAUGGCUACUGGGUUGUAGGGUUACAGAAUGAAUCUGAGUACAAUGCCUUUGAGGACUCUUCUACCUCUGACCCCAAGGUCUUGACUCUUUCCAUGUUUGUUCCUCCCUGUCGAGUUGGGGUUUUCCUAGACUAUGAAGCAAGCACCGUCUCAUUUUUUAAUGUCACAAACCAUGGGUCACUCAUCUACAAGUUCUCUAAAUGUCACUUUUCUCAGGUUGUUUAUCCCUAUUUCAAUCCUUGGAACUGCCCAGCUCCCAUGACUCUGUCCCCACCAAGCUCCUGAACAUUCUCCUUUUCUGACUCAUUUCUGUGUAGUGACCCUUGUCCUGGGACUCAUCACCUGCACCUGAGCUCACUGCUCCAUUCAGACCUUCUCUUCCUUGCUGUCUCCCUUCUGUAGAAUGUCUGUUGAUUCUUGGCUUAGAAGAGAAGCUUAUUUACUCAGUUACCCAUUUUAUGUAUUAUCAGCAAAAGGCAUGCAAUCACUCUUAAAAUCCGAGAAGUACUGGUAUAAUAUCUCUGCCCUCCCAUUUCUCCAUAUCUUCCUUUAUCACUAACUUGAAGAGGUACCAACCAUGACCUUAGGACAAUCCACAAUCACCACCACAACUGAGGAGUGUUCGAGUGUAUGUCUGUUUGUUGCCUGACAUACAGCAGGUUGUCCAGAGAGUAUUUUGGGAGAUGUUGGGAGGGGGGCAAACAAAAGUAAUAUUUGUACUCAGAGUGAAAAUUUUAUGCUCAGAGUUUAAAUCCUCUCUUCUCUUACAAGGUGUGUAAUGAUGGAUACAUUUCUUUUUUCUUCUCAUAAAAUAAAAAUUGGAUUUUAAACUGCA